AUGCAUGAUGCACUUUCCCAUCCCCACAAACCGCCAAUUAAAUUCUAAUUCUGAAAAUAGAUUCAAAGUACCACUCACCUACUUCACUUUUUAUUCUUCUCUCUCUCUUUCUCUUUCCUUGCUUGUUGGAGAAUUUCAGAAUUUUCUUCUUCAAUAAAUACCACUCACUCCAAAUUUAUUGCCUCUACAUAUAUUUCUUCACUUUCUCUAAUUUGUAAAUACAUAAAUAUGGAUGAUGAAUAUGCUAAGCUUAUUAGGAGGAUGAACCCACCUAGGGUUGUGAUUGACAAUAAUGCAUGCGAAAACGCCACUGUUAUUCAGGUUGACAGUGUAAACAAACACGGGAUACUCCUCGAUGUCGUUCAAGUUAUUUCAGAUAUGAACCUUGUGAUAAAAAAGGCCUAUAUCUCCUCUGAUGGAGUUUGGUUCAUGGACGUGUUUAAUGUGACGGAUCGUAAUGGAAACAAGAUCAAAGAUAAAGAAGUCAUUGAUUAUAUUCAGAGGAGACUUGAAAAGAACCCGAGCUUUGCAACUUCAAUGAGAGAAUCUGUUGGAGUCGUACCUACUGAAGAGCACACUGUUAUUGAACUUACUGGCACAGACAGACCUGGUUUACUAUCUGAAAUCUGUGCAGUUCUCGCAGACCUUCGCUGUAAUGUUGUUACUGCCGAGAUUUGGACGCAUAAUACUCGAGCUGCAGCAGUAGUUCAUGUAACAGAUGAUUCCAGUGGUUGUGCUAUCGAGGAUCCGUCCCGUCUCUCCACAAUAAGGGAUUUGCUAUGUAACGUCCUAAGGGGGAGUGAUGACCCGAAGACAGCAAGAACUGCACUUUCACAUCCUGGAGUUACGUAUAGGGAUAGAAGAUUACAUCAGAUUAUGUUUGCUGAUAGGGACUAUGAAAGGGUUGAAAGGGCAGGGCUCAGAGAGAGAGAUAAAAGUCCGUUUCCUCAUGUAACUGUGUUAGAUUGUGUUGAAAGGGAUUACACUGUGGUUACCAUGAGAGCAAAAGAUCGACCGAAGCUGUUGUUCGAUAUUGUUUGCACUUUAACUGACAUGCAGUAUGUAGUUUUUCAUGGUGUGGUUCAGACAGAAAGGACAGGUGCUUAUCAGGAGUUUUAUAUUCGGCACGUUGAUGGCUUUCCCAUUAGCUCAGAGGCUGAGAGAGAACGACUUAUUCAGUGUCUUGAAGCUGCGAUUGAGAGGCGAGCAUGUGAGGGGAUGGAGCUGGAGUUAUGCACAGAAGAUCGUAUAGGACUCCUCUCAGAUAUCACAAGGAUUUUCCGAGAGAACAGUUUAUGUAUCAAAAGAGCUGAAAUAUCAACAGAAAAUGGGAAGGCAAAAGAUACAUUUUACGUCACAGAUGUAACCGGUAAUCCAGUUGAUCCAAAGAUUAUUGAUUCAAUCCGCAGACAGAUAGGUGACACGGUACUGCAGGUGAAACAUAACUCUAGUCUUUCACCAAAGCCUCAUGAAGGAACAACAUUCGGAUUUCUCCUUGGAAGUUUUUUCAAAAAUCGAUCUUUUCAGAAUUUUAAGUUGAUCAGAUCCUAUUCUUAAGUGUCCUCUCGUGUAUAUUCUCGCUACUUUCAUCUUAUUUUAAGUCAAACAGAAAAUCGAUACAUGUAAAAGAAACUGUAAGUAGGAACCUCCCUUCAGCAAGAGGGGCUUGGAAUUCAUACUGCACAGUAGGAACAUGAAAUAUCUAUGUAUUAGUUUAGUGUAAGUAAGUUUGUACAGUAACUUAUUACUUAGGUUGUGUGUGGUGUAAAUAGUCCUAGAUUAUCAAAUCCAGAAGGGUAAAAUGGUACUUUUAGUUUGUGUUUGUAUAUGGUGUAAAUAAAUAGUCCUGGAUUAUGAAAAUCCAUGAAAGUGAAUAAUACUUUUAGGUGGUGUAAUUUGGAGUCUUGUAAAUUUGAAUCUAUGUUGUAGA